CAUCAUGGUGAGCAAAACGGAUGAGAGCCCAGCAUCAUCAUCAUCAUCAUCAGUGUCGACCUGCGCUUCAGUGGAGCUCGCUCAGGAAGGAGACACACCGAACCUGAAGAACCUGAAGGAGGGCUGUCCAUGCGGUAUGUAAGCCCCAGAGCCUGUUUCUCCUCCUGGUGGAGGGAGAAAAGCUGGCUAGAUUCAGCUGUUGUCAGACAUGUAGCUAAGUAAUCAGGUUGCAGAAAAUCUUGUGAAAUCUGCUGCUCGUGUUAUCAUGUUGGAAUCGAGACAGAUCAGACAUGUGAAUCCCUCAAAGCACAAGUUACAUGUGUGCUCUCUUCAGUCACCUUAGCAAGGCUAGCUGGCUAACUGUAACAGUCAAACAGUGAUUAAAAGGACGUGUGACGUGGAUUGACAGGAAUGAUUUCAGACAGUGUGUGUUUGUGAAAAUAAAUGUCAGUCUCAUCAUGUUACAAUGACAGAUGUCCUUUCUCAGUGUUAAGCUAAGUGUGUCUGUGCGAGGUGAAGAGCCGGUUUGUGGCAGAUCACUGAUCACUGCGGAUUCAGGAAGCUAGCAGCUCUCCAAUCGCAUCAUUACUAGCGUUAGACUUCUCUCGGUUAAGCCUAAUGUCUUCAUCUGCUUCAUUUAUACUCGAAAUACACUCGCAUCUCCGAAUAAACCUGUGCGAAGCUAAUAACAGCAGGAGCUAGUGAUAUUUCAGUGGAGAGGUAUGAAGCCUGGCCGCACAUGUUCUCUCCCAGCAGCAUGCAGCGGCGAAUGAACUGAAGGUCACCUUCAUUGGAACGGACCAACUCGAGACACAUAAAUAGGGGUGUUUGUACUGACGCUUAACUCUGGACUGACUAUUCACUGAGCUCUAAACAGUUUAAUAGUAUUUUGAUAUCAAGUAACGUAUUACUGACACAACUUCAGCGUAGUUAGUCGGUCAGGCACGUCGGGUUUACUAUGCAGACUUCCUCCCCCCCUCGUCUCCUUUCCCUGUAAUUCUAGCCGCAUGUGCCCUGACCGGGAAGCGGAAGUUGCUGCACAUGGAAAGUCGCGGUGCUUGUAUGCCGAUAGAAGGUUAUUACUACCUGUUCAGUAUAGAGCGAUCCUAUCGCGCACAGUGCAGCUACAGCAGUAAUGAAUGGCGAUGGAGGACAUGACCAGAACGAGGAGACAGAGUCCAAGCAGGACGGCAGCUCUGACCCUGAUGCCGGUGACGAUUCCAAUGAACAGGAAGUGAUCGUCAUUCAGGACACUGGCUUCACUGUGAAGAUUCAGGCACCAGGCAUCGAGCCCUUUGACCUGCAGGUGUCCCCGCAGGAAAUGGUACAGGAGAUCCAUCAGGUGCUUAUGGAUCGUGAAGACACCUGCCAUCGCACAUGUUUUUCACUGCAGCUUGACGGCAACGUGCUGGACAACUUUGCCGAGCUAAAGUCCAUCGAGGGUCUUCAAGAGGGAUCCCUGCUCAAAGUAGUGGAAGAGCCUUACACAGUGCGUGAAGCUCGCAUUCAUGUGCGUCAUAUAAGAGACCUGUUAAAGAGUCUGGAUCCCUCUGACGCUUACAACGGAGUAGACUGCAACUCUCUGUCCUUCCUCGGUGUUUUCACGGAUGGAGAUCUUGGAGAUAGUGGCAAACGUAAAAAGAAGGGCAGCGAGCUUGAACAGAUUGACUGUACUCCUCCUGAGCACAUCCUUCCCGGCAGCAAAGAACGCCCCCUAGUCCCCCUCCAGCCACAGAACAAAGAUUGGAAGCCGCUUCAGUGCCUCAAGGUCCUUACGAUGAGUGGCUGGAACCCUCCGCCCGGCAACAGGAAGAUGCACGGAGACCUCAUGUACCUGUACAUUGUGACCGUAGAAGAGCGGCACGUCAGCAUUACUGCCUCCACACGCGGAUUCUACCUCAACCAGUCCACCACCUACAAUUUCAACCCUAAGCCUGCCAACCCCAGCUUUCUGAGCCACUCUCUGGUGGAACUGCUGAGUCAGAUCAGCCUAGCCUUUAAGAAGAACUUCACUGCCCUGCAGAAGAAAAGAGUCCAAAGACAUCCGUUUGAGAGAAUAGCCACACCGUUCCAGGUGUACAACUGGACUGCUCCUCAGAUUGAUCAUGCCAUGGACUGCGUGAGGGCAGAGGAUGCCUACACCUCCCGUUUGGGAUAUGAGGAACACAUACCUGGCCAGACUAGAGACUGGAAUGAAGAGCUGCAAACAACAAGAGAGCUCUCACGUAAGAACCUGCCAGAGCGUUUGCUGAGAGAGAGAGCCAUUUUCAAGGUUCAUAGCGACUUCGCUGCGGCAGCUACGCGUGGCGCCAUGGCUGUAAUUGACGGAAACGUGAUGGCCAUCAAUCCCGGUGAGGAGACGCGUAUGCAGAUGUUCAUCUGGAACAACAUCUUCUUCAGCUUAGGCUUUGAUGUCCGUGAUCACUACAAAGAGCUGGGAGGAGAUGCCGCAGCACACACCGCCCCCACCAAUGAUCUGAAUGGAGUGAGAGCGUAUGGGGCAGUCGAUGUGGAGGGGCUUUACACGUUGGGCACCGUGGUUGUGGACUACAGGGGCUACCGUGUCACCGCCCAAUCCAUCAUCCCUGGCAUCCUGGAGCGCGAACAAGAGCAGAGCGUCAUCUAUGGCUCCAUUGAUUUUGGAAAGACUGUGGUGUCCCACCCCAAGUACUUAGAGCUGCUUGAGAAGACGAGCCGGCCUCUGAAGGUACAGCGUCAUGCCGUUCUCAACGAGAAGGAAACGCCCGUGGAGCUCUGCUCGUCUGUUGAGUGCAAGGGGAUCAUUGGCAACGACGGACGCCACUACAUCCUAGACCUGCUACGCACUUUUCCUCCUGACCUCAACUUCCUGUCUGUGGAAGGAGAGCAGCUAAACCCAGAGAGCAAGAAGCAGGGCUUCCCUCGACAGCAUCGCCACCGUCUAGCCUGUCUGCGCCAGGAACUCAUUGAGGCCUUCGUAGAGCACAGGUAUCUCCUUUUCAUGAAGAUGGCGGCACUCCAGCUGAUGCAGCACAAAGCAAAUAAAGACAGCAAGCCUGCAGCCUUGCCUGAGAACGCGCCCGCUGAAGCUGAGAGUAAGCUAGCGUUGGCUCCAGAGGCCUCUGAGAACGCCACUGAAACUGCAGCACCAACCCCUGCCUUGCCAACUUCCUCCGAAUCCACGCAGACACCCGAGGUAGCCGAGAACCAACAGGCCUCAUCUACAGAAAACUCUGCAGUAAACGCUAAUGGUACCAUCUCAUUGGGUGCCGGUGAACCCGCAGAGAGCCACAAUGGAGGCUGUGACAGUCCUCUGGAGGGUAAGGAGGCCCUUGAAACUAUUCCAGGAUUAGCUCAAGCUAAAGAACUGGCUGAAUCUUUAACAGCAGAAGAUGGAUCUGGGAUUGACCCCAAAAGCCGAGAGGUCGUCCUGAACGCCUGCAAAGCGGUGGGUUCCAUCAGCAACACUUCCUUCGACAUUCGCUUCAACCCAGACAUCUUCUCCCCAGGAGUGCGUUUCCCAGAAGACAGUGCUGAAGACAUCCAGAAGCAGAAGCAGCUUCUCAAAGAUGCAGCAGCCUUCCUGGUGUCUUGUCAGAUCCCAUCUUUGAUAAAAGACUGUUUAGACCACACUGCUCUGCCGAUGGAUGGAGCCACGUUGACCGAGGCCCUCCAUCAGCGUGGUAUCAACAUGCGCUACCUUGGCAGUGUGCUGGAGUUUGUGGACAAGAUGCCUGCAAAACCACAGCUUGAUCAUUUCUAUAGAAUAGCAAUCACUGAGCUGAUCACAAGAUGCACCAAACAUAUCUUCAAGACCUACCUCCAGGGUGUCGAGCUUUCAGCCCUGUCUGCUGCAGUGAGCCACUUCCUGAACUGCUUCCUGAGCUCUUUCCCAGACGCCGUGGCCCAUCUGCCCGCAGAUGAGCUGGUCUCGCGCAAGAAAAACAAGAGGAGACGAAACAGAGUGCCUGGAGGAGGAGACAACACGGCCUGGGCCAGCCUGACCCCCAGCGAACUGUGGAAGAACAUCGGCACAGAGGCUCGCACUUAUUACCACUUCGCUCUACAGUGCGAGAGUGUGGACCAGGCCGUAGAGAAAUAUGGCCUGCACAAAAUCACCCUCCUGAGGGAAAUCUCCAUCAAAACUGGCAUCCAGAUCCUUAUAAAGGAGUACAACUUUGACAGCCGCCACAAGCCGGCUUUCACCGAAGAGGACAUCCUGAACAUCUUCCCUGUCGUAAAGCACGUCAACCCUAAAGCCUCCGAUGCCUUUCAUUUCUUCCAGAGCGGGCAAGCCAAAGUCCAGCAAGGUUUCCUUAAGGAAGGAUGUGAGCUAAUCAACGAGGCCUUGAACCUGUUCAACAACGUGUAUGGAGCCAUGCACGUGGAGAUUUGUGCCUGUCUGCGCCUCCUGGCUCGCCUCAAUUACAUCAUGGGAGAUCACCCUGAGGCCCUCAGUAACCAGCAGAAAGCUGUUCUGAUGAGUGAGAGAGUGCUGGGUAUUGAGCAUCCUAACACCAUUCAAGAAUAUAUGCACUUGGCUCUGUACUGCUUUGCUAAUGGCCAGCUGUCCACUGCACUGAAGCUGCUGUACCGUGCCCGCUAUCUCAUGCUGUUAGUGUGUGGAGAGGACCAUCCUGAGAUGGCUCUGUUAGAUAGCAAUAUUGGUCUGGUGUUACACGGAGUGAUGGAGUAUGACCUCUCGCUACGCUUCCUAGAAAAUGCCUUGGCCAUCAACUCCAAAUACCAUGGACCCCGAUCCCUUAAAGUCGCCCUCAGUCACCACCUUGUGGCCCGGGUGUAUGAGAGCAAGGCUGAAUUCCGUUCAGCUCUGCAGCAUGAGAAGGAGGGCUACACCAUUUACAAGAACCAGGUUGGUGAAGCUCAUGAAAAGACCAAGGAGAGUUCAGAGUACCUGAAGUACCUCACCCAGCAGGCUGUGGCCCUACAGAGAACCAUGAAUGAGAUCUACAAGAAUGGCUCCAAUGCCAGCAUUAUGCCUCUCAAAUUCACAGCUCCAAGCAUGGCCAGUGUCCUGGAACAGCUCAAUAUUAUCAAUGGUAUCAUCUUUAUUCCUCUCAGCCAAAAGGACUUGGAGACCCUGAAGGCAGAAGUCCAGCGCCGGCAGCAGCUACAAGACUCUGGGAAGAGUGAGGAACAUCAGGAGAAUGGUCAGCUGGCACUGGACGACAAACUUCCCGUCGAUGAUUAAUCCCACACGCGUAUACCCUGUAGCAGGGAUGGACAUGAUGCAAAAGUCAUCUGCUUGAACCUGUAGAACUGAGAACUAAUUUAAAUGAGUAUAUUUGAGCUUAAAGUGGAGGGAACAGACAGGGAAAUGUACAGCAAGCGGUACAGUGUAAAGCACGGAACCAGUGUUUAAUGCGGGCAGGCAGAGGGGCCAGACUGAGGCUCUCUUCUUGUUACUGUUUUCCUGCCAGUUUGUCUGAAGCUGGUGACCAAGAAUGACCAUGACAUUGUAUGCUAGAGCCUUAUCCGUCCAUCCAUCCUUCCAUCCUUUUUCACAUCCCACUAUCUGUCGUGCCAAGCCCCCACGAUCUCGUCUCCUUCUCUUCUUUUAGGAGUUUAGGCGUACAGGCUCUAAAUUCAGUGUGAGCUUCAUUGAAGUGAAGCCCAAUGCCACUACUUUCACCCACCACUAUCCGCAAAACUCAGGUGAUUUCUAGGCCCCCUAGAUGAGAGUGGAAACAAAAUUCAGAAAGAUGCACAAGAAAUGAGAUGGAGGCUUCAGAAUGUACACACUAUGGGCUAGCUUUCAAAGACCAUGUACAAACAAUGGUCCAGUUAUGUCCUGUACCAUUAACAUACCAAUUGGUGGCUGCUGUCUUCACAACGUUACAGAUUUGUUCUCAUCUAAAGCUUUUCAGAUUGAACACAGAUGUUCUGUAAAAAGCUACUCUUUUCUUUUUGUAAUAGUAAGUGUGUGGGGGGGAAUUAAAGCCAUUUUAUUUCCUUGGUCAAACCAUUUAAUUUAAGCGUUGUCUGUUUUUAUAGAGAUAUAUUCAGAAGAUGUGUAUGUCAUGAUGUGAGGCGUGACAGACUUGAUUUAUGUUAAUCGAAAUGCAGGUUCAAAAGGUCUAGCUUAAAUUUUAUCAUUUGAAUCUUUAUCUUUUCAGUUUUGUCUCUGUGUGUGUGUGUGUCUGUUUCUUAUUGUAGUACAGAGGUCAUGAGUAGAUGCCUCUACAGCUACCACUGCUGCUGUGACAAAAUCAUUCUAAUCGUAUUUUUCUACAUACAAACAUGGCAUGACUAGUGAAAACUUGAACAUGAAGUAUUUGGCACAGGUUGAAAAUCACCAUUACGAUAGUAUAUCUGACAGAUUGGACUUCUUUGACACUGACAUAACACUUUUUUGUGACAAUUUUCAUUCAUUUCCAGCAGUACAGGACCCUUUCCUGUAUUCUUGUAUAUCUUUUCCUUUACCAGUAUUUAGCGCACUUUUCCAGAACUAGCACCAGAAAUGGAUUGAGAGAGGCUGCUUUUGUGUAAUGUACCAAAAAAAAAAAAACAGAGGACGAACGCCGUGCUUGCUUGUAUAAAUGCUGUGCAGAUCUACCUUCCAAAUGCCAAACUUGUUGCUGUGAUAAAUGUACAAGUUUUAAGCAAUAGGAAUGCUGGAACUCUCUCUCUGUGCUGCUGUAGUCUGCACUUGGAGGGAAAACCGAUUGCUACACUGCUUGUGUGUGUGUGUGUGUGUGUGUGUGUGUGUUUUUGUUUUUUUUUCUUUCCUCCUUAUGAAAAAAUUGGCUUUUUCUAAGAACAGAAAGGAGUAAUUGGUUGUUUUAUUGUUUAUGAACAAAAACCGAGCAAAUCACCCUGUAUUUGUGCCAGUUUGUGCUUUGUAAUCGAACCAGGCUGGUAUGUGUCCUGUCUUUCUAUACCUUCCAGAGGGUUAAAAAUCUUAGCCCACUGUGUUCCUUUAUGUUGUUGCUUUAACCUUUGUUUGCCUACCAGUGCUUAUGAAGGAGCCACGUUGUACGCUGGGCUUGUCUCAGGCUGCAGUACUCUUAGUAGCCACUAAGGUGUAUUCUAGUCUAACAAAGGCUCUUUGCCGCUCAACUUGCAAUUGAUAAUAAAUGCAGUUCAUAAAGGAACACAAAGCAUCAUCACUAAUUUAAACUCUGCACUGCAAAUUGCUUUCAAGUAGAAGUUCAUUAGGCUUGGUGAUUACAAUUUAUGAGAGUCCCAUAGAUCUAAAUAUUUAAUCUGGAAUAUUUAUCCCUCCACAACAGCUGAAACAUUUGUAAAAAUAUUUGGUAGUCAUUGGAUGUAUGCAAAAUAAUAAUAAUAAUAAUAAUAAUAAUAAUAAUUCUGUGUUAUUAGUUAAAUUAAUUUUUUUUUUGCAUUUCAUUGAUGAGCAUUAGUGCAAUAGAAAACAAUUUAUAUCACCUGCAUAUUUAGUUCUUAUGGGUUCUUAUUUUUUUAUUUAGACAAAGAGGAUAACGAUGCAGUUUACAAAGACACUUAGUUUUAAAUUUGAACUGUCUGUCUUUUCAGGUUUGAUAUUCUGAGUGUUUUGUAUUCACAAAAGUGAAUGUGUGAAAAUUUCCAUAUCAAAACAAAAUCUAGUAUUAAAAAGAAACAACAAAAUCUGCAGAUUUCUAACCUAGUGAACAAUUAAUUGCACCACACUCCUCUCAUUUUCAGAAUGUUCUACAAACCAGUCAACAUAAUACACUCUUCAAAAUCUAAGCAUUCUUAAUCCCACCGUUCCUGAUGUCACUUUCAGAUAUUUGCUUGUAUGUUUUUUAUGUGAUUUCGCAGAAAAUCAGAAAAGGCCAACAGUGCUGCUUUAAUACACAGUGUCUGUUAAGUUCACCUCACCGUCACCUGCUGUCUAACCCACACUCAUAACUGAACCUCUGUUUUCCUCGUUUUGGAUCAUUAAUCUGUCAAAUCCAUCCAGACCAUUGUGUCUGCCUUUUGUUUUUUUUUCUUUAUCGUUUUUGAUGUGAAACCUGAUUGUUGUGUUCCAUAAAUAAUUAUCUAAUUAUUUUUUUGAUCUGAGUAUGCUUUUGUAUUAAAAGAAAUAAAGGAACUAGCAAAUA